UGCUACUCUUUCCACGAGGCUAAAGAUGGGAAUGAUAAAAUACGAUGAAUAUUUUUGAGGUUCUUUCGAUGGGAGACAGAUCUGAUUUGUGGUGUGUCCGGUCACAGCGAGCAAGACUACCCUGGAAGAAUAGUUGACGAAUGUUAUGGAUGCUCUUCUUUAAUCUGGGCGACACAGUCAACCGAAGAUGUUUGUCUUCUGAACUUUUGAUUUUUUUAUCAUUUCGACUGUCAAACUAAAGCAACGUUCUCAGUUGGCAAUUUAGUUUUUGCGCUCCUUUUUCAGUAUAAAUGACUUCGACCCCGACUCCAAAAACACAUCCAGCUCGGUUCUACGAUGUUAUUCAAGGUUGUGCUCCUCUUGCCCGCAUAUCUGUCUGUCGCUGCCGGAGCUGUCUUACGGCCCAUUGCAGAUGUUUCUGCAGGCGUCGCCCCUGACGCAUCCGUAAACGCACGGGCCGUAGUACCCACAGUCAACCAUGAUGCUCUCGUAGAUGGAUCUUUGCACGUCGUCGCCGAUGCCGCACUCGACACGCUACUGCGGCGUUCGGUGAAUACGCAUGUAGUUGCACCCACAGCCGACGUAGAUGGUUCCUCACAUGUUGCCGCCGGUGUUUCUGCAGAUGUCGCCGCUGGUGCCGCUCUCGACAUUUUACUGAGGCGCUCGGUGGAGGCGCGUGAAACUGCACCCAAAGUCGACACUGACGCUCUCGUAGAUGGAUCUUUAAACGUCGCCGCAGAUGCCACUCUCGACACGUUACUGCGGCGCUCGGUGUAGGCACGCGCAGUCACAACAGCUAGCUUUGAAGCCACGGAUUUGGAUGACGGUUGGUGGAUUAGUGAGACGGAAUGAGUGAAUGGCGACUGUUCUGCAUGUAUAAGCUGUUUUAUAGGAUGAGCUCAGUUGGACUUUGCCUUCGUGGUGGAACUUAUUACAUCUAUACCCUUUAAUCUUCGAAAAUAUGUUGACGUCGGUCUCUAUCUAUGGUUUCUUAAUUUCAAUACACAGUUGAUUGUGGCGAGUUGGCGUCC